AUGGCCACGAUCACUGAUACAUUCUGCCAAAAGUCGAGCAAUUUCUGGCUCACCCUCGUCCGUCUGCUGAUGCAGCUCCUGCGGACCAUAUUUCAAGGCCAUGCUCUAACCGAAGAAACUGUCGGGCCAAUCAGCCCAGGGGCCUCGAAUGGAAGCGGAAUCGACCCCCGGAUCGCAGAGCACCAGCUACUGUUGCACCGCAGAGCCGAGAGCUACGCCAAGGUGGAGCUGCUGCAUCGACUGCUCGUCCGGCAGCAGCUGCACGAGCUGGAGCAGCGCAGGCUGAUACGAUUGGCCCUCGCCCGGCGACGGCUGCAGUUCUCCAAUUAG